AUGCUCCAGGGCGCUGUAGACGCUGGUGGGCCCCUCUGGGGCUGGGAUGAGGAUGGAGAUGAUGACUGGGAUGGGGCCGUCCUCACCUUGCUGGCACUAGCUGUGGUAGCCGCCAUGGCACUGGCUCUGCAGUGGUUUGGCUCCAGGCAGGACCAGGAGGCACAAAGCUCAGCAUCCACAGCUCUGGGUGUGCAGCCCGCUCAGGCAGGAGGAGUCAGGUUGGCCCUGCACCCCAAGUCCAAGGACAGUGAUGCCACUGAGGGGCAGAGCAAAGGACAGGAGGAAGCAGAGGCUCCUGGAGAUGGCCAGAGAAGACCAGCUACAGCGAGGGCCCAGGACCCGGAGCCGUCAAGAGGCAGAAGUAUGGCCUCAGAUGCCUGGCUUUCACUCAAGACACCUGGAGAGGUGGCCAGCAGAGGGACCACCCCAGCCGCCCUGGGAAAGAAAAGAAGGGAGCCACCCGGGCCAGGAACUUCCUUUCAGGGUCACCAUGAAGCAAGGGAUAUUCCUGUCCCCAUCAUGAUCCGCUUUACCCCUCGAAGUCCUGAUAGCAAAACAGAGAUGCAGGUAGAGGCCAUUGGCACCUGUGGUAGAGGGGCAGCUCAGCAGGGCCCGGUCCAUACAGAGCAACCGGACACCAGCCCUUGGCACCUGCCCGUUGGGCCUCCCGGCCCGCCAGGGAGAAGCCUAGGCAGCUUGCGUAGGCGGCGUCGACGGCCCGGUGCCAGCUCAGGAGACAGACCCUGCCGUCCUCUAAAGCUGGACCCUCUUCGCCUGGGCACUGUGGUGAGUGUGUGGGAUGCUGUGGAUAUGGCAGCCGCGGCCAGCCAGGACAUCUGCACCAGCAGUUCCCUUGCAGGUCCCUCAUCGCUCCACUCAGACAGGGGGCUCAAGGGUCCUGAGGAAACAGGCCUAGCGGAUGUUAUGGAUGGUCGACCUCGGGUGGACUCCAAGGACGUGUGUGGGAGGAGCAGCCUUCCGCUCUCUCCCACCAGCACGGCAGGCUCAGGGGCUAAGGAUGGUGAGAGCAGAGAGCCUGGGUCCCCUACCCCUAGGGAGACUCAGGGGAGCCUGGCUGGUGAGGAAGCCUGGCCCCGGGAGAGUGGGGCAGCUGCUGUCACCAGCAACUUCAGCCCCUCCCAAGGUGCCUUGCCAGAAGAGCUGCACCCUGAGGCUUCUGAAGUGGACCGAAUCGCUGACCAGAGCAAGAUGGAGAAACUAAGAGAGGGCCACCUCCUUGGCAAAGGGAGAGGGUCCGGUCAAGGCGAGCAGAGAGCUGGCAGUCCAGCUGCUGCCCAGAGGCUUGUGCGUAUCACGGAUGUGACCAAGUCCACUGGUGGCCUCAACUGCACCCCCUCCCACAGCCUUCCAGCCUCUCCUCUGACCCGAGAAACCGAGCUGGUUCCAUCUUCUGCCACGGCGGUGCAUUCCAGCCCUGGGUUUCUCCAUGCAGCUUCUCCCCUUGCUCCUUUAAACAAUUUGCCCCUGGAAGUUAGCCAGGGUCCUUCAGGUGGUGAAAAUCGCAAAGCAGGGCUAGCCUCCCUUCCAACCCAAACUUUAGCCUCAGCAGGAGCCUCAGCUUCAGCCCCAGAAGCAACCCAAGUACCAUCCUUAACAUCACCCCCAACCCCAGCCCCAUCCUUAACCCCAGCCCCAGUUACAGCCUUAACCCCAAUCUCAACACCAACCCCAUCUCUAACAUCACUCCCUACCCCAUCCCCAACUGAAGCGACAGCCUUAACCCCAGUCUCAACACCAACCCCAUCUCUAACAUCACUCCCUACCCCAUCCCCAACUGCAGCGACAGCCUUAACCCCAAUCUCAACACCAACCCCAUCCCCAGCAUCACCCUCAACUCCAGCCUCUGCCCAAGCUCCUGCAGUGGACAGUGGGCCGAGGCCUAUGUCUAGUGGGUCUAGUGUGGGCCUGUCCAAGAGUUCCCUGGAAGGGCGAGUCUCAGCCAGCUGGGGAAACCUUAUUACCAUGGUUCUUAGAAGUCACCCCUUCCCUAGGCAAGAAAAGGCAGAUAGUAGUGCCCCAAGGGCAGAUCCUCAGAGUCCUGCUGGGCCCAGCACAUCCACAUACUUGAAAGAUGGACAGCCAGGUCCCCCCUCUGAAGGGGCCAUCUCCAGCCUCCAGGACAAACAUAGACCACCGUCGGUCUUAGUCACACCAGUAGGUUCAGAGGGCCUAGCUGAGGGUAGAUGUGAAACACAACCAGUGAGCAUGGAGACUAACGUGUCUUCCACUCCAGACCCUAGAGGAGACGGAACCAAGGAGAAAAGUCUAGACUCUCUGCCCCCAGCUGCAAAGCCUGUGGCUGUCUCACAGUUCCCUGGGCUGGCACGGCCUGCUCCUGGACCAUCUACUAUGAAGCAGGAUGCUCAGCCCAUCCCUCAGCCUCGGCAACGGAGGAAACGUAGCAUAGCUCAGAGCUCUGAACAGAUACUCACUCUCGAAGUACCCCAGCAGCCCCAGGGGCAGGUGCUAAAGGAGGGAGCCAGACCUGCAGGCGGCAGGGCAGUCCUCACAGAGAAGCAGAAAGAGACACAAAAGCUUAUGAUUUUUCUGCAGAAGCCUGGUAGUUGGGGAGUGGUGGACGGGCAUCAGAAGUCCUGCUCACAGGCUUCACAGCCUCCCACAACGAUGGCGCUGUGGCCCCCAAAGCUAGACCUAGGCAGCUGCUUGGAGGUUUUGGCUUUUGCCCAGCAGCAUGGAGAGUUGGGUUUAGCCCAGGAGACCUACAUCUUGAUGAGCAACAACUUGCUGCAUGUUCUGGGAGACCCACACCUCUACCGACAGCUGAGUGGAGCUGACAGGGAACGCAUCCUGAACCUGCGGACCUGCCAGGGCCAGACAGUGCUGGGGGUCCUUGUGCUGCCCAGCCUUUACCAGGUGAGCCGCUCAGGGCUCACAAGGGGCCCUCAUGGUGAGGAGGCUCCUGCAACCGGGCCUGAGCAUUUGCAUCUUCACACAUACCUCCAUGUGUUCAACCCACAAGAGAAUGUGUGGCGGCCCCUGACUCAAGUACCAGAGGAGGUCCCACUCCGGGGAUGUGGUCUCUGCACGAUGCAUAACUAUCUGUUUCUGGCAGGUGGCAUCAGAGGUUCUGGUACUAAGGCUGUCUGCUCUAACAAGGUGUUCUGCUACAACCCUCUGACCAACAUUUGGAGCCAGGUUCGGCCCAUGCAGCAAGCACGGGCCCAGCUCAAGUUGGUGGCUCUGGACGGGAUGCUUUAUGCCAUUGGUGGUGAGUGCCUAUACAGCAUGGAGCGCUAUGACCCACGCACAGAUACCUGGACCUUGAGAGCAUCCCUCCCUGAGGGCACCUUCCCUGUGGCCCACGAGGCUGUGGUCUGCCGAGGAGAUAUCUACGUCACAGGGGGUCAUCUCUUUUACCGCUUGCUCAGAUACAGCCCAGUCAAAGACUCAUGGGAUGAGUGCCCUUACAGUGCCAGCCACCGACGCUCCAGUGAUAUGGUAGCACUCGGGGGCUUCCUAUACCGCUUUGACUUGUUGCGGGGUGUAGGUGCUGCGGUGAUGCGCUACAACACAGUGACAGGGUCCUGGAGCCGGGCUGCCUCCCUGCCCCUGCCUGACCCUGCCCCACUCCACUGCACAGUACUGGGCAACACCAUUUACUGUCUCAACCACCAGGUCACAGCUACCUUCACAGUUUCGGAGGGGACUGCCCAGUUCCAGGCCAAGGAGCUGCAGCCCUUUCCCCUGGGAAGUAAGGGAGUCCUCUAUCCAUUCACUCUGACUUUGCCCCCCAAGACCUGGUUACAGACCACACUCUGA